GAUUGCGAACUGAUUCCCGAUCGAAUUAGACAAAAGUUUGCAUUGCACUUCGAAAUACGCCCCAUUUCACGAUUGUCGGUAGAUACAAGGGUGUAUACUAAGACAGUUGACUGUGCAACGAUGCAGCGGACGGUUCUAGUUUUGGUAGCCACAGUAGGAGUUCUGAGCAUGGCUCAACAAAUAAAAUGCAGAUCGCCGAGCCGUUUCAUGAUUCCCGUAUUCAAAGCAAAUUGGUUCAAAGCCACCGAGUUUUGCUUCUCCCUGGGGAUGCAACUUGCCAUCACCAACUCAAAGGAGGACCACGACCGAAUUGUGGAUGCGGUAAAGGCAUCGCCGAUUUACAAUGCGAACGACACGAUCGUUUGGAUCGGUGGGAGCGAUCUCGCUGUGGAGGGCGAUUUUUAUUGGCACGCGACUGGGGUUCGUUUGGUGUACGCUCACUGGCAACCAGGUCAGCCGGAUAACUGGAAGAAUCAGGAGGAUUGCCUUUCGAUAGUGAACGUUUUAUCGCUCGGAUGGCGGUGGGUGGCCAAUGACGGCAAUUGCGAGGGGCUACACUAUUUUGUGUGCGAAAAUGUAGAGUGGAUUCACAAUAUUAGUGUUUUUUGAAACUUUUAAUAAUGGGAAUAUUGAUAAAUUAUAUACAUGCAUUCAAUAAAGUAAGUAGCAUGAUGUAAACAAAACGAGUUUGAAGAAAUGAAUGUGGUGCAUUCGUAGGGUUUACAAUACGAGCCACACCAACAUGCUAAAAA